AUGUUGACCACAAUUGACGAGCAAGCUGGAACAAGACUGUCGUGGAAGCACAGAACCAUCUUUGACAAGCUUCUCGACGACGAAUGUCGAUUCGAUAGGACGUACACACUGAUGUACUUGAGCAGUCGAUGGGAGGUGCUACAGUAUGCUUUGUGUCACCUUUUCAGUCAGAAGAAGAAGAAAAAAGCUACCGAGCAGCCGGCGCCUUCCGAAUCUGGCUUUGCCGGCUCUGCCACGACGAAAUUCCGAGAUCGGGGCCGUGAUGGGUUUCCAAGUGUUUGUGAGACCGUCACAUCUGUUGAGACGAAACUCGAUCUGAACGAGGUCGCACAGGCCGUCCGUCACUUGGAAGGAUAUCAGUGUGGAGGAAAGGACCCUGACGGAUGA